GCCUAAACCAGUUAUCUCAAUGGCCUCUGAAAUUAACGCUUCUGAACUGAAGCGCCUACUUACCUUUUCUCCAGAUACGCCCCAUUCCAAACCAAAGAAGCAACGGAAAAUUAAUAAAUUGGAGCCUCGGAAACGCUGCAGGCUUGACAACACGGAUGUCAUAGAAUCUCCUUCUGCUGCAGCAGAUUGUGAUGUUAAGAUUGGACUACCCAACGCUUCAUCCGGUCCAACUUCUGACUUAGACCCCAGUAGUGAUUAUGAGCUCAGUGAAGUGAUACGCAACCACCUAGUCCGCAAAAAUGAACGGACACUGUGCGUUUCCGGGCUUCCUGCUGAUGUUACCGUUGCAAAACUUCAUGAUCUCGCUCCUGACGUGCAUGUUGUCAAACUUGCGUGGAGCUCCUUGUUUCACAAAUGUACCGGUUCGGCUCUUCUAGAGUUUGAAUCCACCGAAUUAGUCCAUCAUUAUCAGAAAAAACUCGACGGCCUUAAGUACCGUAAUAAAAUUCUCUCGGCAAGAACUGGAACAUUCCUUCCAGAGGAUGCUGGUCGGUACGAUUGGACUCGACUUGUUCUAUACGGACUGCACCACAAAACCCGUGUGGCAGAAAUCGCCAGACGUUUCCCUAAAGCAUUAUCUAUUGUUAUACCCUUGAGCGCUCGUAAACGUGUGAGUAGCGCUGUACCCAUACGCGCUUUCCUCACCUUUCCUUCUGCACACGACGCUCUUUCCGCUUACGAUGCUAGGCUUGGAUGCGUCAUACGAAAGCGAAAGAUUGGGAUGUCUUGGUUCAUAAAGAAAGAUGCCCCUCAAAAAGCCCCUAGAACUUGCCUGUUGGCUAGAGGUUUGAAAAAGUCCACUACAGAGAAGGAUUUACAAGUCGUAUUCCCUCAAGCUGCUUCUAUAGUUUUGCGCCUGCAAACCGGUGAAGCGCUUCUGCACUAUGAUAUGGAAGAAGAUUGUUUGCUGGACAAGGAUAAUUCUCGUAAUUUGCGUCUCUUUGGCCGCCCGUUACAGGUCAUGUUUUACUUGCCGAAUCGAGACAAAAGCAAGAUCACUAAUUCCAAAGUGUCGCGACACGUUUGUGCGGUCAACUUUGGCGACGCACGCAAUGACUUGAAUUUGACUCAGAAAAAGAAACGUGCAAAAAUUGCUCUUACGCAACGGCCAAAGCAUUACAAAGCCAAACAUUCCAUUUUACAAGUGGAUCCGAAGUCUGCUGCAUACGAUCGGGCGACGGACAAUGGGCCACUCGAUGGUGGGCAGCUGCACGCCUCAUCGCUACCACCAGAGAAACCGACGAAUUCGGAAACAAAGCACAAGCUUAAUAUGAAGCAGUGGAAGAAAUUGAAAGCACGUAGGCGGAAUAGGCGUGCACACGCUCAGAAGGCAGCGUUGAAACCAGCAACAUGAAUUAUGUUACUCCAUAUCACAAAAUAAACUGUACAAUCGACCAACUCCUUUGUAGCAUUGUCCGCUAUUGACACGUGUUUCCAAGAUUUGGGUAGGGGUAAACAUUCAAAUGCUUGUCGUAAAUAAAACGCCUGCUAUAUUAGCCACAAUUGGAAAUCGCUUCGUAGUGUGCUACCGCAAGCAGGGUGUUGGUGCUAAUGGUGGUCAUGCUGCAGACGGUUAUGAUGACUUGAUGCACUGGUAGCUCGGGUCGAUCGUUCCUGAUUUCACUAGUUCCCCGACCUUCGGAGUUGGGAUGCAUCCCAACUC